AGACGCUGCACUCAGCAAGUAGACAGAAGAUGGACGCCACGUCGAGCGUGAAAACAAACCUUUGGGAUUUGGGAAAAGCACUUUCACCGAGGCCCCGCCUCCUCCUGGCGGGCGGGAGCGGAGUGAUGACGCGGACUUCCGGACUUUCUUCCCGUUCCUGCAGGGAGGAGAGGAGGCAGAGGAGGACUUGCGAGCCGCCGACGAGCGUCCCGAAGCUGGAGGCCAUGACGUUAAACGGCAGCUCGGGUGCGCGGCGGCGAACGGACGCCAUGCGGCCCCCCCUCCUCCGCUGGAAAGGCGUCAACGUUUCCCGCCAGCGCAGCUGAUCGGACUCCAGCAUGAGAACGCUGAAUGAAAACAAGGAGGGGGUAGCGGGGGAGGAGAACAAUGUGAAAGCAGGACAGCUGUGGAGGGACGCCGCCCUCCGCUCCAGGAAGCUCCGUAGCGACCUGCGCCAGCUGACCCUGUGCUCCAAAGACCAGGACCUGUCCAAAAUCGAGGCCCUCAACCUGGGCAACAACUUCCUCCACGAGCUGCCUGAAGGUCUGGCGUCCAGCCUCAGUAACCUGCGCGUGCUGGUUCUGCGCAGGAACCGCUUCUCCGCCAUCCCGCAGGCCGUGUUCGAGCUCCGGCAGCUGGUGGAACUGGACCUGAGCUACAACCGGUUGAGAAGCGUGGCGGAGGGCCUGGCCCAUCUGAGUGCGCUCAAGAAGCUCUGCGUGAGUCACAACGACAUCCAGCAGCUGCCCGAGCACAUCUCGGGUCUGAAGCUUCUGGAGGAACUGGACAUCAGCUUUAACCACCUUCACAGCAUCCCCGCCACCUUCCGCCACCUGGCCAGGCUGCGCACACUGGACGUGGACCACAACAAGCUGAGACGUUUCCCUCCUGAGAUCCUGGCACUCGGCGACUUGGAGGAGCUGGAUUGUUCGGGGAACACGUUUGAGGUUUUGCCAGAAGACCUGGCCAAGUUGAAGAGCGUGAAAAUCUUGUGGCUGAGCAGUCUCCACCUAAGAUCUUUGCCUGACACUUUCUGCCACCUGCGGAACCUGGAGAGCCUGAUGCUGGACGGGAACCACCUGACUGCGCUUCCCCGCGACUUUGGCGACCUGCAAAGGCUCAAGAUGGUUAACUUGUCCUCCAACCAGCUGGCCGGUUUCCCCGAGGUUCUUCUGAACAUUUUGGGACUGGAGGAGCUCUACCUGAGCAGGAAUAAACUCACACAUCUACCACAGGAAAUCGGGCAGCUGCAGAAUCUGGCCAAUCUUUGGCUGGACAACAACGCCAUCACAUACCUGCCCAACUCACUUGUGGACCUGGUGAAGCUGGAGGAGCUGGUGCUCCAAGGUAACCAGAUCGCCAUCCUUCCAGACCAUUUUGAAAAGCUGUCCAAGGUGAACAUUUGGAAGGUGAAGGACAACCCCCUCAUCCAGCCCCCGUAUGAGGUAUGCAUGAAGGGGAUUCCACACAUCGCCACCUAUCAGAGGGACUUGGUGCCCUCACAGCUCUCCGUGAAGCCCAGACUCAAACUGGUUCUGAUGGGACUGAAGGGGGCCGGGAAGACACAGCUUCAGCGGAGCGUUCUUAGCGGGCGACAUGAAAGCAAGGGAAGCGAUGGAAUCCAAGUCGCCAGCUGGGUCGCAGAUGGCGGCCUCACGUUCCUCAUGUAUGACCUGUCGGGCAAGCAGAACCUAGACCUUCUCAAAGCCUUUUUCCUCUCCCCCGGCGCCCUCUACAUCCUGGUCGUUAACCUCAAAGCGUAUUCGCCUUGCCACUUCUACGCCCAUGUGGGCUACUUUCUUCACCUGCUGGGUGCCAAGGUGCCCCGUGCUGUCGUGCUGUUGGUGGGCACGCACGCCGACUUGUGUGGGGACGCGGAACUGGAGGAGAAGAGGCUAGACAUCCACCGGCAGGUCGGCUUGCAGCGAAGGAGAGACGCACAGGUCCUGAUAAGUCUGGCCCUAAACGUGGACCAGGCUCUUCAGCAGGGUUAUGCCGCACGCACCUCCAACCCCCAUAACCCCUUUUAUGCCGUCUCCGACGGUAAUCUGUGGCAGAAGAAGACCCGGCUACAGUUCUUGCUGAACCACCGCCUUCAGAUCCUGUCUCCGCUGCUGAGUGUCAGCACGCAGACCCAGACCAACAUCCAACGCUUGAAGGAGAAACUGAUGUUUGUUGGCAAGCACAAGGACAUCUUCCCCAACCUCCACCGGGUGCUGCCCAGGUCCUGGCAGAUCCUGGAGGAGCUACACCUCAAGUCUGAGGACUUGUGGCUGUCGUGGUGGGACGCGGCCCACCUCGGUCACCAGGCGGGGCUUACCGAGGAGAACCUGCACAGCGCCUUGUCCUACCUGCAUGAAAGCGGCCAGCUGCUCUACUUUGAGGACAACCCCGCCCUGAAGGAUUACGUGUUUCACAACAUUUCACGCUUCAUCGCCGUCCUCAACGUCUUCUUCCAAAGGGACGAGCUCGAACUGCUGGACGACGCCCAGGUGGGGAAGGAGGACAAUGAGAACCUCAGAGUGGUGCAGCCGGAACGUCAUUUGGACAGUUUCCUUCGAUGCGGCCUCUUACCCUCCACCGCCAUCCACCGGCUGCUCGGCCCUCUCAUCCAGACCCAGUGGGACCAGAAUGUUUCCAUGGAGCUUCUGGAGAAGCUGGGCGUCUGCUACUGCGUGAACAAGCCCCGUGGCAAGCCCCCAAAUGGCGCUGCAGUGCUGUGGUACAAGUUCCCCGUCUACACCGGCAGAGAGGAGACAGAACCAGACCCGAGCUCCCUUCCUCCCUGCCCACUGAUGUCGGUGGAGCAGCUGCAAAUCCAGUACAGCUUCCCCUUCCUGUUCCCGCCCGGACUCUUUGCCCGCUUUAGCGCACGCAUCAACAGCCACGUGGCUCAGAGGUCCGACGGCCCGAACCGCAUCCUGGCCUACCGAGGCAAAGUCCCGGUCGUGAUCAGCCACCAUCCCUCUGCGGGGAGGCUGCAGGCGGACACCGUGUCCAUCGCCAGCCACGCGUCGCUGCCAAACAUCUGGACGGCGUGGCAGGCCGUCAUGCCACUGCUCCAUGAGCUCGACGCACUGCUGCGGGAAUGGCCCGGCCUGCACUACGCCGUGCACAUUGUGUGCUCCAAGUGCCUCCGCAGGGGGUCCAGCAGCCCGCACACCUUUCCGGGAGAGUUGCUGUCUCAGCAGCGGCCUGAUGAACUGACCGAGCUGGUCUGUCCAAAGAACGGUUCCGAGAGGGUCAAUGUGGCUCUGGUCUACCCGCCGACCCCCACCGUGCUCAGCCCCUCCCCCAGGUGAAGACCCAUGUCCCACACGUUCCUUCCAGACUCUUCUGUGGACUUUGACACAUCCCUGAUAUCACAGAGUUCUGACAUGUCUUGGCAUUCUUCAACUUCUGUUAUCGCCUUGCUGUCCGAAAGGCCGACAAGGGGGUGAUGGUUCGUUUCCUUGGGAAUAAAAGCUUUAUUUUUCUACCCUGGAGGCACCAGGAGCCGGCACGCAAAUCACCAAAAUAAAGAAAGUUGAUGACCACCGAGCGUUUGUGCUUCUUCAUGGUGCUGAAACGCUGACACCUUGCUCGCGACUUCUCCUCUCAGACCCACCACCCCACCGCCUCACGAUGCUCAUGACG